AGGAACCAAAGGGCUGGGCUUUGGCUUAUUUUGAUGCUGAUGCUGCCUUUGGAGCCACUUUUUGGACAGAAUGGAGCAGGAAGGAUCCAGGCCUGGAGGUGACAAAGGAUCCCCCGAAAAGGCUUUGCCACCAGAUGAGCGAGAAGCCCUACGCUGCGAGGAGCACAUCACGGCACUGCUAGUGACGGUGUCCCGCCUUCACGGACACAUCCAAUGCCUCCAGCGGGAGAAAGACAGGGAGGAGGAGGAAGAGUUUUCCGACCUCUGCUCCGAAUAUACAGCAAGCCUCCCACGAUGCAGUGUGCCGUUUCUGCACCCGGAAGCGACGAUGCCUCCUCUAGAGAAAAGGCAUCCAGACCUUUUCCUCGCCGCCCUCCAAGCUGUCUCCUCCCUCGAGAACACAGUCUUCUCCCACCGCAGCCGUCGGCCCAGCACCAGAUCUAGAACAGAGGGCGGUCCCAACGCAGCCAAAGCCCAGGGCUUUGAUGAGAGUCUGGCGGGCUCCCAAACAGGUCACCAAGGUCGGCAACUUUUGGGGCCAAAUCCAGACUUUCUGUCGACGGAGAGCAUAGUCUAUGGACAGGAAGUGGCCCUUUGCCGGGAGAGGAAAGCGGCCCUCGAGAAGGAGCUGGGCGUCCGGAACAAGGAGCUGCAACAUUGCAAAGAGACGCUCCUGGUUUACCAGGAAGAGAGGGACCGGUUAAGGAGGAAGGUCAAGGAGCUGCAGGAGGCCCUUGUGGAAGAAGAGGCCCUCCAAGAAACAGCCUCCAGCCCUCUCUGCAAACAGGAUCAAGUGGCUGUUGCAACCCAGAGGUUCCUUCACUGCGUCCAAAGCGGCACCAGCAUCCAGCCUACGCAGGGCUUUUCCUCCCCACAAGUCUCUUCUCCAGCAGAAAUCAAUGGCAAAGACCCCCAAGAAGAGCAAAGGGACCAGCUGCACAGCUCCAUCCGGGGGCUCCAAGAGCUCAACCAGCUGCUGCGGGUGACUCUGGAGGAGACCAAGGGCCGCGCCGAGCGCAUCAGCCUCGCUCUUGGGUGCAGCGAGGCGGGCAGCACUGCAUUGCGCUUGGCCGUAAAGUACAGCGAAAACUGCUUGGAAGCCUAUGAAGCUCUCUUUUCACUGAGGACAGUGGAACGGGAAGAGGAAGGAGGAUCUCCUUGCGCAGGAAAACCCAGCGACUUGCCUCACCGGAUACAGCCAGCCGUGACGGAGAAAGCGCGGCGUUUCCUGCAGAGCCAUAGUGGAGUGGAGGGUGGGAGCGUCUUCUCUAAAGAGAGCCCUUCGGAGGAGAAUGGGGAUAGAAAGGGGCUCUUGAGGGCCUACAUCCAGCGCCUGAGAGGUGAGCAGCGCGCCCUGAAGCUACCUCCGUACCACCCAAAGGUCCGUGCUGGGAUCGAGGCCGGAGAGGCAGAAGAGGCACGGAAAACUCUGCAAGAGGCCCUCCCUUCCGGAAAUGCAUCCUACAUAAUGGAGAAGGCACAUUUGCUGGAGGAGCUGCAGGCAGCCAGGGGGGCCUUGGCGGAGCUAAAGGGCAGGCUGCACAUGGCAGAGAAGGAGAAGCAGCGGCUGGGGCUCCAGACCUACACCCUCCGUUCCCAGGAGGCUGCCUUCCAGCUGAUGGUGCAGAUCAUCCAGGAGGAACGGGAUGAGCUCCAAGGAAAACAACAGCAGCAGGCCCUCUCCUCUGGAGAAAGCAGUCCCACCAGCAGCAGUGACUCAGAGGAAUACGGACCAAGGGUCAGUUCCAAAAAGAAAAACUUUGGCAAGUCGGAAAAGCCCAAAGACCCAGAUCCAGAAGUUCAAGCGCUGGAGCUCCAGGAGGCUUUGCUUCGGCAGCGUGCUCUGAGAAGCCGGCUGGGCUCCCUCCUGCUGGAGUUGGAGGAGCAGGGUCAGGAAAGCCGGGGCCGGGCUGCGCAGGAGGCCGAGCUGUCCAGAGACCUCCUCCAGGCCCACAGCGCCUUGGGGAUGGCCUUCAGAAACGCCCGCCUGAAGCAGGAGGCCCAGGUGCAGCAGCUGGAGAGGCAGAUGUCCUCGAUGGGCCAUCGCCAUGCACUGCAGCUGCGGAGCCUGAUGAAGACUCUGCAGGAAUUGGGAGGCUCCCGGACUCUUCCGCAGGGGUUAAGGGUCACUCAGGGGUCCAGAGGGCAACCCUAGAAUGUGACUGCAGCCAUCUUUUAACAACUCAUGGAGGAGGUGGAGCCGGAUUACAUUCUAAUGCAACUCAAA